CUCGGACAAGACAAAAAGGACUUGGGAAAAAGUCUUGGAAGUCUUGGAACUGGGAUAGAGGAUGAGAAACACGAAAAAGGCCCGAGACAAGCACUAAACUAGGCGUCUAUCUGCACUAAAGCGUCUUAAGCGACGGACGGACCCUGAGGGUCAGACACUAAAGCCCGCCUUAGCUUAGCCCAAAUGCUUGCUUAUCUGCAACUUACGGCCAUGGCUGAGUCUUCUUCGCCUUCGUUGCACUUCUCUCCAUUUCACUCGCUCUCGUCCUGUUGCUGAUUUCAUUGCCAUUGCCAUUGUUGCUGUUGUUUUUGGUGUCGUUGUUGCUGCUGCUGUCGUUGUGAUCGCCUUGUCUCCUCUUCGUUUGACGAUACUUUCUCCAUUCCUCUCCUUCCUCCUCCCCUCCUCCUUCAACAUCCUUGAUCGUCGCUCAAUUCUCCCAGCAUGUGACCAAUGGCUUUCUAUCAUCUCAACAGGAAGCAGAGGCUUCUGCUGAUCGCCUACGCCAUCCUCUUCUUUUUCCUCCUCCUCCUUUGCCGUUUCUGGUCCCUCCGCGACCCCGGCUCACUCUUCUUCGAAUCCACCGAGGGCUAUCGCCCCAAAUACAGUCUUGCACGCAUUCAGGAAUCGUUAGAUUUCCUGUCAGCCUAUAACCAAAGUGGCGUUACCUACCCCUACCCGCCCAGCGACUAUCAACCCCCAAAAGACAAGACCGUCUGCGUCGGGAUCGUGACGGUGAAGCGACCUCUGCAGCAGAACCUUGGUACCACCGUCGCCUCGAUUCAGGACACGCUCACCCCGGAGCAGCGCCGCGCGCUGAGCAUCCAGGUCCUCUUCGCCCUCAGCGACCCCUUCGACCACCCCGAUUACAACCAAACUUGGCUGAACAACACUGUGGACCAUGUCCUCACCUACGAGACCGUUGACGCGCCUCACGUGACGAUCGCGCGCCUCGAGAAGAAGAAAGAUAUCAAGAAGAAGUCGAUUCUGGACUACCGGCUGGGCCUCCAGGCCUGCUACGACCUGAACGACGCGCCGUGGAUCAUCAUGCUGGAGGACGAUGUGGUAGCGCAGCGCAACUGGUACGAGCACACGAUGCAAAGCGUGCGGCGCAUCGAGGAGGGCCGCCAGCACGGCCUCCUCAAGGACUGGCUGUACGUGCGGCUGUUCUACACGGAGAAGUUCCUGGGCUGGAACUCGGAGAGCUGGCCCGUCUACCUCUUCUGGAGUUCGUCGACUGUUGCCAUCGUCGCGUGGCUGGCCCUCACUGCCCGCCGCAAGAUUCGCGCCACUCAGUCCGUGCUCACCAACCCAUUCCUCUUGGUGCUCUGCUUCCUGUGCGUGCCCGCACUGAUCGGCCUCUUCUUCAUGACCGGCCGCGUCACCUGGUUCCCCAUGGAGCCCGGCGUGCAUGUCAUGAACUCGCAUGGCUGCUGCUCGCAGGCGCUGCUCUACAACCGCGCGCACGUCCCGGAGCUGCUGCGGUACCUGGCCGAGAGGGAGGACAUGGUCCCGACCAAAGCGGUCGACAGCGUGAUCGAGAUGCUGGCGGGCAAGGAGGGACUGGACCGGCUGGCCAUCUCGCCCUCGCAGAUGCAGCAUGUCGGCGCCGCCUCGUACAAAGAGAAGAAGAAGGCGUGGAAGUGGGAAGGUCCUUAUCGCGUCAAAGGCGCCCACGGCGUCUGGAGCAUGGGGUUCGAGCAGGCAUAUACCGAAGAAUCUCACUGGUGGUUCUGAAUUGUUGCAAAGAACAAAGCCCCCCGAACAUUCCUGGGGCAAACCGCAUAUGUUUCUAGUGCCGGGCUGAGAAUCUUUCACGACUGAUCAUAUAUUAUGUCCAUGAGCGAGACGGAACGAAUGCGAAUGCGAAUCCAUCUGCUUUCCGGCGUGGGGUUAGGGAGUGUGAGGUGGUGCACAAUCUUUAAUGAUAUAUGUGGGAAUGACUUGUUAUUUUUGUUCGUUGUUAAGAUGGACUCGGGAGCUUGUGUAUAUGAGGGAGGGCAUGCAAUGGUUGCAGUGGUUUCUUUUGCGGUUAAGACUAGUUUCUAGAGCACCGAAGUACUUCUUUCCAUGUUUACUUACUGGAGUGGCAUCAUUGAGUAUAUAAUCACACCUAGCUAGCUGUCCUCAAAGUUAUCUGGCAGCGUGAUCUGACCAGCGUGGUUUCUGUCGUGUGAUGCCGUUGCGGCGAGUUGUAAGUUAGAGCUCGUUAGCUUUGAUGGCAAUGAUGGG